AUGGCAGAAGGAUCGAGAUUGAGGUCUCUGCAGAGCAAAAUACCACUCUGGAGACUCUAUUACAGAAGCUCUUCAGCAAGAGAAAUAGCAUUCAGUGAAUUUAAAUCCCAUUUCACUCUCUUCAGCAUGAGGCACAUUAGAUUACAUUAUACCGGGGCUGCAUUCUUCUUCCUGCUGUUCUCUGCAAGAGGUGCUGAGCCCUACAGUCUUUUAAAAGUUCUCGAGAGACUCCAGGCAGCCCCUCAGAACUACCCUUCACCCCUGUACUCAUUCUCCCUCUGCAUGGAGAUCAACAACCGCGUCUUCAGCGACACCCUCCUCAACACAAACUCACAGCAGUACCAGCACAUGUAUGCAGAGGUUGCUGGAGUUCUGGACAUUGCCUUUAACUGCUCUGACUGUGACACAAGAGAAACCUACAGAGGAGUGACAAACAUACAGUUCAGUAACGGGUCUGUGAUCGCAAAUUGUACCAUCCAGUUCCAGACCAUUUUUAUCAACCAUGUUGUGAUCAAGCAUUUGUUCCUGAGGGCUGUAGAUAAUAACACUCAGCUGAAUGGUCUUGCAGUCAACAGACAGUACACUGCUGAAACAGUCAAACCUGCCUGGCUUUUUCCAAAAUCCUCAACUCCGUUGGCAGAAACUAGUGUUCAGGGGCUUCCUGGUUGGGCCAUUGCAUUGUUAGUGCUAGCAUGCAUCAUCAUCCUGCUUCUCCUCAUCAUCUUACUACUGAUAUGCUUUUGGUGCUGUAGGAGAAAAGCAAAAAAGGAAGAAACACAAACCGUAGCACCGUAUGAAAGAACGUCUUUCAAAGAACAUCUUGCCAAUCCCACAUAUAUGUCACACACACCUGAGAGGAGCCCCAACUACCGGAGCUUGGGAGAACCGGAAGCACAACCUGGCAACCAAUCCGGGAUCUACAUGAAUCCUCAGAGAUGAAAACCACAACAGCAC